CUUCCUUUUUUUUUUUUUAAAGUGAUAUCUACCCAAUUUUGUGUUUUCCUGGUUUAGUCCUCAGCUUUUUCCAUGACCAACGCCACUUUGACCAUGGCCCACUUGUUCUUAUUGGUCAUGGGUUUCACUUUCAUCUUGUUUUUGCUGUGGUACUGGAAUAAGAAAGCAUACGAACUUGCUCCAUUGCUCCAUACAAAAUAAAUUGCUUUUACAAAGAUGAGUGUUGAUACAUAGUAUGUUCAUUUCAAUAUUAAUUUAUCUGAUACGAAUUUCGAACUUUAAGAAGAGUUAAGAUGUCAUGGAGGACUAGAUAAAUAGAGAUGUUAUUUUGCAAGAAAACACAAAGGAGGCCAAGUAAUGAAUGCUUGUUGUAUUCGGCAACAUGGUGUUUCAUGAAGAAUCAUGAAGAAUUUUGCCGAGAUGGUUGUUUCAACCGGUUAUAAGACAAAAGAAAUGACGGUUCAUGAUCUUACGGUAUCAAUCAUUGCAGGUUUUGCGCUACUGUGGCUAUCCUUUCAUGCAAAUGGCAAGUCUUUUCCCUAAAAAAAGAAGGGGCAAAAGGCAUAUCUGGAAGCUCAGUGAGAUGAUGGGAUUGGACCUGAUGACCAAUUCUUUGAAAAGCAUGGUUUUUGAUUCUUGUGAUUUUUGCACAAAUACAUUGUUUUCUUUCAUCACAAAAUUUAUCUAAUACCAUGGGAAAUCUAUAUUCAGAACAAACAGCAAUAAGGUUUCCUCGCCUUCAGGAGGUAGUUGCUUCAAGGGAGACAAAUCAUGGCAUGCUUUUCAUGGUGUGGACGAAAUGUUAGUCACCUAGAUACUGACAGUGGGGGACCAUUUACUACAAGCAAUGUAUCAGGCCAUGUUGGAGUUAAUGGUGGCUCAGAUCCUGCUCCUAGGGGUGCUCAAAGUGUGAGACUGCAGCCUAUUGCAGUCCCUGCCAUUCUUCUGGAUGAAAUAAAGGAAAUUACAAAAAAUUUCAGCAAUGAAACUUUAAUUGGAGAGGGUUCUUAUGCUAAGGUGUACUAUGGUGUACUGAAAAGUGGGGAAAAAUCAGCCAUAAAAAAAUUGGAUGCCAGUAAGCAGCCUGAUCAAGAAUAUUUGGCACAGGUAUCCUUGGUGUCAAGGUUGAAGCAUGAAAAUGUUGUACAGCUACUUGGCUAUUGUGUUGAUGGAAAUCUCCGUGUUCUUGCAUAUGAGUUUGCCACUAUGGGAUCCCUUCAUGAUAUUUUACAUGGACGGAAAGGCGUUAAAGGAGCACAACCAGGUCCAGUUUUGUCAUGGGCACAGCGGGUGAAAAUUGCUGUAGGAGCUGCAAGAGGACUUGAAUACCUACAUGAGAAAGUUCAACCUCGUGUUAUUCAUCGUGACAUUAAGUCCAGCAAUAUACUUAUAUUUGAUGAUGAUGUUGCGAAAAUAGCUGAUUUUGACCUGUCAAAUCAGGCUCCUGACAUGGCAGCACGUCUUCACUCUACUCGUGUUCUUGGAACCUUUGGUUAUCAUGCUCCAGAGUAUGCAAUGACAGGACAGCUUAGUUCCAAGAGCGAUGUUUACAGCUUUGGUGUUGUUCUUUUGGAGCUUUUGACUGGUCGUAAACCUGUGGAUCAUACACUACCACGAGGCCAGCAGAGUCUUGUAACAUGGGCAACACCAAGACUUAGUGAAGAUAAGGUAAAGCAGUGCGUGGAUGCAAGGCUAGGAGGAGACUACCCUCCUAAGGCCGUUGCAAAGUUGGCUGCAGUAGCCGCUUUGUGUGUGCAGUAUGAAGCUGAUUUUCGGCCAAACAUGAGCAUAGUUGUCAAAGCUCUCCAGCCUCUCUUAAAUACUCGGUCCGGCCCUCCUGGUCAGGCACCAGGAUUGUGAAGCCAUUUCUUCUCAUUCUUGUUCCUGGCACGUAGCAGAAUUCGGUGUGCGGAGCUUGUUUGCUGACAAACAUGGGCAUUGUCAUCAAAGCUAUUUGGCCUUCGUUAGUGAGAUCCGAGACUAUAAAACCUCUCCUGCAUUUUUGUUUAUUGCUUGUGGCAGAAUUCGGCUGCUGAGCUUGUUUGCUGGCUGCUUCUAGGUUGUAUAUUGUUGCUAAUGAAACUGCAAUUAUUUGAGAAGCUAAUGUUAUGAUUGAAUAAGAAUUAUAAUGAUAUCUUUUGCUGGUUUCGUGUUCA